GGAGAACCGUGGAUGAAAGGACAGUUGGAGAUGAUGAAUCACAUACAACAUCCUCACGGAAGAAAUCUCAACGUUGAUAAAAAUUGUUACAAAUGCUUUGUAAUUAUAUUUAUUGCCCCGCCGUAGAGUCAAAAUUCUUCAGUGUCAAACUACCCUCUUCGGCAACCUCAGAUACAUCAGUUGCACUGAAUUUCUUCAGAAUGACACCAACAUACACACCAGAACAGCUAGAACAGUACCUCCUGCGUAUUCAAUACUCCUCCGACUCCACCAUCCACUCCCGGCUGCAGCAUCUCCAACAAUGCGUCCAGAAAGACCCACUGGCAUCAAUCGCGGAGCUGCAAAGACGACACCUCAGCACAAUACCAUGGGGGAACUCGGGCCUGCAUUAUUCUCCACAUCAUUCCAUCUCGACGCAUCCGGAGCACGUGUUUGAGAAGUUGGUCGUGCGACGUCUGGAUGGAUAUUGCAUGGAGACGACGAAUCUUCUCCUUGGGGUUCUGCGGUCAUUGGGGUAUCAGGUUUAUUCCACUGGGGGGAGAGUGAGCCAUGCAGCAGCUAUGGGAGUAGCUAACGGGCUGUAUCUGGCAUUAGGACAUAUGCUACUCAUAGUAACUAUCGAGGGCCGGAAAUAUAUGGUUGACGUCGGAUUUGGCAGUAACUGUGCUACGAGACCCCUUCCACUCGAGGAGAAUGCAGUCGCUACCUUUAUUGCACCCGGGGAGAUGCGGUUGAUCAAAGAUAGCAUCCCCGAGCUCACCGACAAGAGCCAGAGGCUUUGGAUAUACCAGGUCCGGUACACCCCAGAAAGCGAGUGGAUCCCCCAGAUUUGUUUCUCAGAAGUCGAGUUUCUACCCCAAGACUUUGCGGUGCUCAACUUCUUUACAAGCCAGAACCCUGUCAGCUGGUUUACGCAGAGCUUUGUAUGCGCGAGGAUGAUUCUGGAUGGGAGUGGAAACGACAUUCAAGGACAGUAUAUCAUGUGGGGAAACGAUGUGAAAAUGAGGGUGCGUGGGCAGUCGGAAGUUCUGCAAACGCUCAAAACCGAAGAAGACCGGAUCCAAGCUUUGGCAAGGUGGUUUGAUAUGCGCUUCCGCGAAGAUGAGAUCCUGGCAAUCCGGGGAACGAUAUCUGAGAUAGUAUAGACGGGUUUUUGUUUGACGCUCAAGACUACCUUGACCAUUUCGGCUCUGUUUGAUAAUAUAAUACAAAACAGUGUUCCUUCAGAAAGAGCCAAUGGCGUGGAUAUUUAUCUUAGAAAUGCAAGUGAACAGCGGGAGAAAACAUAGUAACACGUCGAUUUAAUUUAAAAGAUCCGUUUUUCAAGCUUCCAUGGGUUGCUGACUUCGAAUCCCUUGGGGGCCUCUGCGUUUCCUGACUGAGCCCUAAAUGCCCCUGUGAUCCUCUGGUCUCUCUCCAUCACUGUUGAUUAGAAUCAGUCGUUAGUCUUUGAAUAUCCAGGCGAGAAAAAGGGUCGGCGGUCGUCGUUGGGUGCUAUAUCACAUAC